AUGGCAGACAAAUUCCCUGAGAUUGACGUCGCGUCCGAGCCCCAGGAAUUGGAAGGCGACUUUUUCAGCAGAGAGGCUGAACUUGUAGGCGAUGAGUUCAAAACCGACGAAGAUAAAGCUGUUUUGGCAGAAAGCGAGCCAGAAGACAACGAAAUCCAGGAAUUCAAAGAGAACUUUCCGGAAGUUGGCGAGGGUGCCGAUGGUGCCAACCAGAUUGUAGCAAAUGGUGAAGAGGAUGAUGAAGACGAUGAAUUCGAAGGUUUCCUGUCACAACCAGCAUCUUCCAACAAUGCCGAGGAGUCACAGCCAUUGAAAGAGUGGGCGCAACGUCGUCAAUUGGAGAUCGAGGAGCGCGACAAUGUCAGUGCCAAGAAAAAGAAGGAGAUUAUCGCUGCCGCUGAGCAGAGUAUUGAUGACUUCUAUGACAACUACAACAGUAAAAAGGAACAACUGGCCGAGCAAGUGUUGAAGGAGCAGACGGAGUUCUUGGAGAAGCGCGAUGGCUUCUUGUCGCGUGGUACUUUGUGGGAUCGCGUGAACGAAAUAAUAGACGAAGUGGGUGACUUGGAGCUUGAGGGCCGUGACAAAUCCCGCUUCAAAGGCUUGUUGACCAAGUUGAAGGGAAAGGAGAAUGUUCCCGGUGCUGGAGGUUACACUAGCUGA